CCAGCCAGCACUUCACUGCUCGCCCGGACCCCCAGCCAGCACUUCACUGCUCGCCCGGACCCCUAGCCAGCACUUCACUGCUCGCCCGGACCCCCAGCCAGCGCCACCAUUAACUAUACUCUCGGCUUCCAUCUCUCCACUGACCAAACAUUGAGGAGGAAGCUGAUAUAUUCUCAAACAUCAGUACAAGGAACUGGGUGUACGGGGAUGCCCAGUGCCGCCUCUGGCGAUGGUUGCUGUGGGGUUACUGGUGCUGCUCCUGUCGGGCAUGGCACGUCCAGCGGCCUCACUCAAGCCAAAUCUUAAUGUGAGUCAGGAGGAACUCAUACUUGGGAGCUGCGCUGUGGAGGUGAUGUUGGCGACUCUCUCUAACCCUCGCUGCUCUGUCAUCCUAGUGAAGGACCACCACCCCACACUCGAUACUCUUCCUAGGCGGCUGCCGUUUGGUGUGUCGGUGUUCGAGGUGCGAGGUGACAGGCAGGACGCGAGCGCGAUGCGCGAGCGCACCUCCAGCAUGGUCAGCGAGGCCCGCAAGGUUGGGCGAGCGUCGUGGUGCCUCACGGUGGUGGCGGCGAGCAGCGACGUCGCCUUCCUCACUACCUUCGCCAGGAGGGCCUCGAGGAGCCGCCUGCUGCGUCCAGCAGCACGGCUCCUCCUCCUCACUCACAGUUCUCUAGUAAAUAAUUCUGACUUCAGCAGCGUCUUUUCCAAGAUGAACGCCUUGACGCUCGUUAUCGAACACAACUCCAACCACCAUCUGCAGUGUGGUGCAUACAUCCAGCUGCCUUACAGUACCCCGGAUGCCCAGGCGGUGAAGGUGGCUCUAUGGACACCCCAGCGAGGCCUCGCCCUCACCUCCCGUCUGCCUCUCUUCCCUCACAAGUUCUUCAGGUUUUCCUCAAGACCAAAUCUGGUGGUGGUAACUGAAAGUUUCCCGACUCACGAAGCGGUGAUGGUGGACGAUCCUGCGGCUCCAGGAGGCAAGAGGCUCGCCUUCAACAGCCCCAUCGCCAACGUCCUCCAGCUUCUGGCGCACACCACAAAUUUUACGUACACGUUUGUGAAGCCUCCUGAUGGGGUAUGGGGGUUCCAGCUGGAGGAUGGGUCCUGGUCCGGCAUGCUGGGUAUGGUGAGUAGGGAGGAGGUGGACAUUGGUCUGGGACCAUUCGGGAUUGGUGCAACGCGCGCCGAGGUCGUCGACUUCACAUCACCUGUUGGAGUAUAUUACGGAAGGAUCAUGGGACGACGCGGGCGCCCUGAGGUUGACCCGUGGAACUUCAUCUUCCCUCUGAGGCCGGUGGUGUGGACGGCGACGCUUGCCACGCUGCUGGUCCUGCCUCUCAUCCUUUCCCUGCUGUCCGUGUGCACCGCCAUCAGGAGUCCUGGACGAUGGUUCGACGACACAUUCAACUUCAUCUCGAUAUUCCUACAGCAAAAUAUAUGGGUGCGGAGGAUGUGGUGGUGGGAGCGGGUGGUGGUGCUGGUGUGGAUGCUGGCGACGGUGGUGCUGACGCAGAGCUACAGCGGUAACCUUAUGGCUCUCCUGGCCGUCAAACACGUCUCCCAGCCCGUCCAACGCCUCCGGGACAUCGUCCACGACCCGUCUACAACGCUCAUGAUUGAGAAUGGCUCGAUAAAAGCUUUGUAUAUUUUGAAGCCAAGGCCUGACGCAUCUCAAGUCAUCAUUGACUUGCACAACACCAAUCGUGUUGAGUACAUCCCGACCUGGGACAUCUUGAGGAGCAUCGACACUCUGGUCAGACGCGGCCAUCAUUAUCUUAUCUUUGAAGAUGUCCUUGUGUCAGCGGCGAUGGCUCGAGACUUCUCACUCACAGGUCGAUGUGACUUUUAUGUAGCGCGGGAAGACUUCAUGCCCCUGCCCUUCUGCCUGGUCUGCCCCCGGGGGCACUCCCUCGUGCCUGUCCUUAGUGAGAGGAUCGGCAGGAUACAGGAAGCUGGCCUCUAUAACCACUGGAUGGAAAGCUUAAACCCCAACUUCACCGCCUGUACUAACUUACCGACCAAGGUGCUGAUCAAGUCAUCUCUCUCCUUCGCAAACUUAUGGGGCGUGUUCCUAAUACAGGCGUGUGGCCUGGCGCUGAGUCUCCUGGUCCUCUGCCUGGAGCUUCUGUGUCGUCAGGCAGCCCCUGUGGGAUCAGGCAGCCCACUGUGUGAUCAGGCAGCCCCCUGUGGGAUCAAGAAGCCCCCUGUGGGAUCAAGCAGCCCCCUGUGGGAUCAGGCAGCCCACUGUGGGAUCAAGAAGCCCCCUGUGUGAUCAGGCAGCCCACUGUGGGAUCAGGCAGCCCCCUGUGUGAUCAGGCAGCCCACUGUGUGAUCAGGCAGCCACUGUGUGAUCAAGCAGCCCACUGUGUGAUCAAGCAGCCCACUGUGUGAUCAGGCAGCCCACUGUGUGAUCAGGCAGCCCACUGUGUGAUCAAGCAGCCCACUGUGUGAUCAGGCAGCCCACUGUGUGAUCAAGCAGCCCCCUGUGUGAUCAAGCAGCCCACUGUGUGAUCAAGCAGCCCACUGUGUGAUCAGGCAGCCCACUGUGUGAUCAGGCAGCCCACUGUGUGAUCAGGCAGCCCACUGUGUGAUCAGGCAGCCCCCUGUGUGAUCAGGCAGCCCACUGUGUGAUCAGGCAGCCCCACUGUGUGAUCAGGCAGCCCACUGUGUGAUCAGGCAGCCCACUGUGUGAUCAGGCAGCCCACUGUGUGAUCAGGCAGCCCCACUGUGGGAUCAGGCAGCCCCACUGUGUGAUCAGGCAGCCCACUGUGUGAUCAGACAGCCCCACUGUGUGAUCAGACAGCCCCACUGUGUGAUCAGACAGCCCCACUGUGUGAUCAGGCAGCCCACUGUGUGAUCAGACAGCCCCACUGUGUGAUCAGACAGCCCCACUGUGGGAUCAGACAGCCCCACUGUGUGAUCAGGCAGCCCACUGUGGGAUCAGGCAGCCCACUGUGUGAUCAGGCAGCCCACUGUGUGAUCAGGCAGCCCACUGUGUGAUCAGGCAGCCCACUGUGUGAUCAGGCAGCCCACUGUGUGAUCAGGCAGCCCACUGUGUGAUCAGGCAGCCCCACUGUGGGAUCAGGCAGCCCACUGUGUGAUCAGGCAGCCCACUGUGUGAUCAGGCAGCCCACUGUGUGAUCAGGCAGCCCACUGUGUGAUCAGGCAGCCCACUGUGUGAUCAGGCAGCCCACUGUGUGAUCAGGCAGCCCCACUGUGGGAUCAGGCAGCCCACUAGCUGUGCGAUCAGGCAGCCACUGUGUGAUCAGGCAGCCCACUGUGUGAACAGGCAGCCCACUGUGUGAUCAGGCAGCCUCACUGUGUGAUCAAGCAGCCCACUGUGUGAUCAGGCAGCCCCACUGUGUGAUCAGGCAGCCCACUGUGUGAUCAGGCAGCCCCCUGUGUGAUCAAGCAGCCCCCUGUGUGAUCAGGCAGCCCCCUGUGUGAUCAGGCAGCCCCCUGUGUGAUCAGGCAGCCCACUGUGUGAUCAGGCAGCCCACUGUGUGAUCAGGCAGCCCACUGUGUGAUCAGGCAGCCACUGUGUGAUCAGGCAAA